AUGAAAACUCUUCUUCCUAAUAAAACCAAAAAAAUAAAAAAAACAAUAGUAAAUCCUUUAAUAAAGGAUUAUUCUUUAUAUGUAUCUCAAGAAAAUGCUAAAUAUUAAAAACUAAGAAAAAGUUCAAUCAAGCAUAUAAAAUUAGAUAAAAAUUUGAUAAAAAAAGCAGCUAAAGAACUCAUCAAUUUCUACACAAAAUCAAAAUAAACUAACAAUCUUUUGGACUUAUAAGAUGAUUUUAUUUAUAUAGAGAUUAUCUUAUCUUAAAUACCUGAAAAUUAUUCAAUAAGACCAUUAUAAAUUUCGUUACCUGUACCAAUUUAUGGAAAAAAUUAUAAUACAAGAUUUUGUAUAUUUUCAAAAGAUCCAUAAAGAGACUAUAAAGAAAAAAUAAAAGAUUUAGAUAUUCCUUGUAUAGAAAAAAUAAUUGGAUAUUCAAAAAUAGAUAAAAAAUACCCAACUUAUAAAGAUAAACUUAAACUUUUUUAUUCAUAUGAUAUGUUUUUUGUAGAUUAUACUAUUUAUGAUUUAAUUAGAAAACCGACAGGAAAAGUAUUUUAUUAGAGAAAAAAAAUUCCUUAUCCUAUUAAUUCAUCCAAAGUGCCUGCUCCUUUUGAUUAAUAAUUUGGAUAAGAUUAUUAAGCUUAUUUAAAUAGUUUAACUAAUUAUACUUACUUUUCUAUGGGUAAUGGACCAGUUUAUACUAUAAAAGUUGCUAGAACUAAUAUGAAUAUACCAGAUAUUGUUAAAAAUGUUAUACAUUCUAUCUAUAAUGCUGUUCCUCAUUUAGUCCAAAACAAAAACUUGUUUGAAAAAGUUAGAUAAAUUAAUAUUAAAACUUAUAGUUCUGUUUCUUUACCUAUUUUUAAUUAAUUAUCAAAAGAAGAAAUAUAAUCUAUUGCUAAUUGA